UGAUCAUGGCCGUGUACGCUUCCCGGGUUUUCCGGAAUGUGGGGAAAGGCCCCGGGGGAUCGUCAUGGCCGGGUUGACCCAGCACUUGCGGGAACUUCAGGGACCUCUGCUCCCACCCAAGGACUUGGAGGAGGAAGACGAUGACUAUCAGGAGGAAGCGGAGGAGAGUGAAGAUCUGGUGUUUGUCGAUGCCGAGGAGCUCUGCAGUGGGGGCGUUAAGGCUGGCAGCCUCCCGGGGCGCCUCCACGUUGUAAUUCCUGAUGAAAACACUCAAGAGCGAUGUCACGUGUAUGGACGUUUUCCAGUCACGGGUUCUUGGUGGCGAGUGAAGGUGCAAGUGAAACCUUUGGGACUGAGGAGCUAUCAAGUUCAAGGAUUUCCAUCUUACUUUUUACAGUCUGAUAUGUCACCACCAGAUCAAAAACAUAUCUGUUCCCUGUUUCUUAAAGACUGUAAUGUCUCCAGUGAUGAGAUACAUAAAUUUUUAGCAUGGGUAAACGCGGUAUCAAGCUAUAAAAACCUCAACUUUGAAAAUCUUAGGGAAACAUUAAGAACUUUCCAAAAGGAAAAUGAAAGGAAAGAUCAAAAACAGUCGAAGUCAAGACAGAAUGGACAGGAAGAGUCUCUACCAGAAAAUGAGAUGUGCCUUCCUCUGGAAAACACAAUUCCAUUCAUAAGUGUAAUGACGGCUUUGCAGUUUCCAAAAGUAAUGGAAUUCCUUCCAGUUCUUCUGCCUCGACACUUUAAACGGCUCCUAAGCUCAGGUUCUAAGGAGGUAUUGGGAGCCAUAGAAGAGAUAUUAGGUACACAUCCCUGGAAACUUGGAUUUAGUAAAAUAACCUAUACAGAAUUGAAGCUUUUGCAGUGUGAGGCGAGUUGGGCAUCAUUUUGUCAGUGCAAGUCUCUUCUCCGAUUGAUGACUGCUUUGGAGCAGAAAGCAUUAAUAACAUAUUCUAAACUGAAGCAUCUGUGUAGAGAACAAGGGCACACGUGCGUUGAAGAAGCCGACUUCACUUCUAAGUUGUCAGAGCACAUGUCUUUCCAGGAAGCUUGGCAGUCUCUGAAGUUUUUGAAGGAUAUUGGUGUGGUGACCUACGAGAAGGGCUGCAUCUUUCUUUAUGACCUUUACCAGGCUGAGAAGGACAUUGCCUCUUCCCUUUGUGACCUGAUGACGAGGCCCCCGUGGCAUUUACGUGUCGAUGUCAGAAGGGUGCUUGCGUCCAUUUACACUCCAAAACCGGAGCAUUCAAGAGGCGAUGAUGCACUGGACGAGAGAAAACCUGAUGAGAGCAGCGUGGAAACGUCUGUGGACGCUCCGGACAGCCAGGACGGUGGUGACCACAGUGGAAAUAGUGGUGAGCAUGAAGUCAAUGGCGAAAUAAGUGAGGCCCAGCUGGAUCAGGAUCAGGUAGCCGCGCUGGAAAUGAUUUGCUCCAAUGCUGUGACGGUCAUAAGCGGGAAAGGCGGUAGUGGGAAGACCACGAUUGUCAGCCGUCUUUUUAAGCAUAUGGAGCAGUUGGAAGAAAAAGAAGUGAAAAAGGCUUGUGAAGAUUUUGAGCGAGACCAGGAUGUACCCGACGAAUGGAUUACCUUUACCGAGCAAAGUCUACUGAGCGCAGACAAGGCCGUCGAGGUGUUAUUAACAGCCCCGACAGGGAAGGCAGCGGGCUUGUUGCGACAGAAGACUGGCUUUAGCGCUUAUACACUGUGUCAGGUCAAUUAUAGUUUCUAUUUCUGGGAGAAAAAAAACCCAGCCAAGAACACUCCAUGGAAGUUUUCUUCUGUUAGAGUUCUGGUUGUAGAUGAAGGGAGUCUGGUAUCUGUCAAGAUCUUCAAGUCAGUUUUAAAGUUGUUGUGUGAACACUCCAAACUGUCUAAGCUUAUAAUCCUUGGUGAUAUUAGACAGUUACCCAGCAUUGAACCUGGUAAUCUGCUGAGAGAUCUUUUUGAGACUCUUAAGUCAAGAAAUUGUGCUAUUGAACUAAAGACAAACCACAGAGCAGAAUCUGAGCUAAUUGUGAACAAUGCUACGAGAAUUUCAAGGCGCCAGUUUCCAAUAUUUGAUGCAGAGCUGAAUAUCUCUGAUAAUCCAACUUUCCCUGUCUCAAUACGAGAUAAAACAUUUAUUUUUAUCCGACUCCCAGAAGAGGAUGCCAGUUCUCAGUUAUCAAAAAGUGAUCAUCACUCUUAUUUAUAUUCUGCAGUUGGAACCUUACUCAAAGAAAAUGACCUACAAGAUGCACAAACAUCACAAUUUAUUGCAUUUAGAAGGCAAGACUGUGACGUGAUUAACGCCUGCUGCUGCAAGCACUACACGGGCCGCCUGAUCAAAGACCAUCGGAAUAGACUUCAAUUUGGAGUUGGUGAUAAAAUUUGUUGUACUAGGAAUGCAUAUCUCUCGGAGUUACUCCCCCAAGAUACCUCUCCCAGUCAGAGUAGUGAACGAGAAGCCAGUGGUGAAGACUUUAAUGGUACUCUUCGUGGUUUUGCUAAAAAUAAGCAUGACUUUGAAAGUGAUAUUCGACUCUGCAAUGGAGAGAUUUUUUUUAUAACAAACGAUGUAACUGAUGUAACUUUUGGAAAGAGAAGAUCUUUGACCAUUAAUAAUAUGGCUGGCUUGGAAAUAACUGUGGACUUUGAAAAACUAAUGAGAUAUUGUCAAAUAAAACAUGCAUGGGCAAGAACUAUACACACUUUUCAGGGAUCCGAGGAGAAGACGGUCGUGUACGUGGUGGGGAAGGCAGGCCGCCAGCACUGGCAGCACGUUUACACGGCGGUGACCAGGGGCCGCUGCAGAGUGUAUGUCAUCGCAGAAGAGUCACACCUCCGGAGUGCCAUUAUGAAAAGCAGUGUUCCCCGAAAAACUCGUUUAAAACAUUUUUUGCAAAACCAGCUCUUCAAGAGCUGCGCGCCCCCAGCGGAUUUCGCAUCUGCGUCGGAGGGCUCUGGAGACGGCAGCGGAGCGAGCACACAGCCCUCAACACCACCACACCCUCCGGUCGCAACCAACAAUGUGACACCCAGAAGGGAGGCCUCCGCCGCUGAUGACAGGACAUCCCCCUUUGCUGGAGCAUGGAAAUUCUCUUCUCCCAAUGAAGUGGGUACAGAUGAAGAUCCAUCAAAACCCCGCGGGUCCAAAAGAGCCUGUGGCAUGAGUGAUGCUGAAAGUCCAAGCAAGGUCCUGAUGGUGGAAGAAUCCUCUCCACAGGUGUCUUCGAAACUUCGGAAUUUGAAACUGAAUAGUUUAACCCCCAGGCAGCUUUUCAUACCCACAAGUAAUCAAGAAACUUAAUUUUAUUUCAGAUUGCUUAAAGUAAUAGUCUCUAUCUCUUUUGUAUUCAACACAAAAUGAACAUCAUAGCUUCAAAAUAUUAAGAUAUAAAACAGGAUAUGUAUAACUGGAGUUUUAUUUUAAGGUGCUUGUGUUAGCAGAUAUUUUAAAUUCAUUUGAUCAAAGAAAAAUGUAAUGAUUUCAGUGUUUGUCAUCAUGAGAACUGGUAGCAUUGGAUAUAAAUGCAGGAAACAUUUGUUAUACAUAUAUGUUUUUUUUAAUUUGUACUCCAUAGAGUGUUUUAUUUUUGCGAUAAUGCCUUUAUUAACUUCCGUGAUCAUGUUGGAUCUUUGCCAAUGGUGUGCAGCCAUGGUAACGACAACCUGUAAUUACGCCUCUUGUAUGAAUUGACACGCUUUUCAGGAUGUUGGCAGAACACUUCUGCCACGUGUUCAUCCUGCAAGGCUGCUCCUCGCCCCACCACUGCUGGCCAGACCCACUCCACCCGGGACUGUUUUCCCGGAAUUCCUUCUGAGUUGGGAGUAUAUUUCUUGUUCUGAAUUUGAGAUAUGAAACACUGUGUGUGUUGAAGGUGUACAGUGUGUCGAUUUGCUACAUUUAUAUAAUCAGUGUGAUUUCUACUAUAGCAUUAGCUAACCCCUUCAUCAUGGCAUACGAUUGUUAUUUCUUCUAGGAAUACAUUGUUUUAAAGGUACUCUACUUUGGAAAAUUAUAUUCUCUCAGUGAUACUAUUUUUUUAGAGCUCUAUUUAUUGUUAACUGGUCAAAAGAAACAGUUAAGAAAAAAAUGUACCUGUGAUUCCCAUAUUUGAAAAAGAGCCUUAUUGAGGUAUAAUUUCCCUAUAAUUCACCCAUUAAAGGUGUAAAACCGAGUGGCUUUUAGUAUAUUCAUAGAGUCAUGCUACUAAUGCCACAAUGGGUUUUUGAACAUUUUUAUCACCUCCUCCAGAGAAAUCCUGUACCUCUUAGUUCUGAUCCCCUCCUCACCUCUGGUUCUAGGCAACACGGAUUUACUUUGUCUCUUUUGAUUUGCCUGUUCUGGACAUUGCACAUGAAUGGAAUCCUACCAUAUGUGCUUCUUUCUUAGUGACUUCUUUCCCUUAGCAUAAUGAUUUCAGACUUCAUGUGGUAGCAUCUAUCAUCUCUUUUUAUUAAAGAUUAAUAUGUACCGAGAACUAGCAUUGUUCCUUUGAUAGGGUAGAUGUCUUGGAGAGUCCAUUCAAGGAGAAUCACUCAAUCUAACCAGAGGAAGCCUUACAUCCUUUGUGUGUGGAUGGAAAAAUUGGCAGCAAUCUGGAGGCUGUGUUUCUGGAUCACACCAUGUUGGUUUGAGCUGAUGAGACAAAAUCAGGAACCCUGGCUGAAUGUUUGCAGGCGGUUCCCAUAGAGCUGCCGGUGGCCUAUCUUGCUUUUAGUGGUGAAGUGAGACAAAAGGCCUUCAUCUCCUUUUAUUACCAAAUAGUUCAUCUAUUGUAUGGAUAUAGCACACUGAAGUCCUCUGGUCAUCAAUUGAUGGACAUUUGGAUUGUUUUCACUUGUUGGCUAUUAUAAAAUGAUAUUGUGAGCCUUGGUGUACAAA